CCAAGCUCCAAAAGUUAAACCGAGACUCCAGUCCGCCCGCAGACACUGAACAAGGCACUAAGGACCAGGACGUGGCAACGCAGCUGUGAAACCUCUUCUUUUUUUCAGCCAUAGGAGUACACAGCAUGUCCAAAAUGCUCGACAACAUCUUGGCACAGAACCUCUUCAACCUGACUCUGGAUGACACCUUCCUCUCGCCACAGUCUCAACUCAAAGUGCCGGGACCGAGUGAAUCGAACCAGUUAUCCUCCUUCUUCCCCACCCGCUCCCCCUCCGUGGGGAGCAGCCUCAAUACCGAGCAUGUUAAUGACAAAGACAGCAGCUCUUUUUGGCACGCCAACAUCUGGAGCCAGGCCGCUCCCUCCAAGCCGCAACAGCCCCCGUUCAGGCCUGACCGCUCUAUGAGCCUCACCGAGUCCAGCAGCGCCCUCCUCUCCACCAUAGGCCAGCUCAGGGGCCUGGAGGCCUUCUCCUCGGGGCCUACUACCGUGGCUCCUCCGCCGGGCUUCCCCCCCUCCUCUUCCCUUCAGGCCCAGGUCCCGACGCUCCUCCCUUCCAACCGUUACAAGACUGAACUCUGCCGCGGGUACCAGGAGAGCGGCAGCUGCAAGUACGGUAGCAAGUGCCAGUUCGCUCAUGGCGAGGCGGAGCUACGCGGGCUUUACCGCCACCCAAAGUACAAGACGGAGCCCUGCAGAACCUUCUACAACUUUGGCUACUGCCCGUACGGCACACGUUGCCACUUCAUCCACGAGGAGAAACCCAGCGGCAGCCAGGUUGCAAAGUUCCAAAAACAACGUCAAAUGUCACAGGCCAGUGGUCAGAACCCGCGCCACCAGCUCCGCCAAAGCGUCAGCUUCGCCGGCUUCCUUGGCUCCUGCCGCAGUUCCCCUCCUCCUUCUUUUACUUCAUCCUUCACUGAAGCCAACCUGGGGUUCAGUCGCGCUCCCUCCGUUUCUCCACCUCCUGCCGACCUCCUCUCUCCAGUGUUUGGUGACACAACACAGCGUGAGGCGGCGUCGGCGGUGGCAUUCCAGUUCGGACCCCACCAGGCCCAUGCCAGUGCCGGGGACCUCCACAACAACAUUCCUCUCAUAGUGGACGCCAACGCCAAGCCCUCGCGCUGCGUGUGCGGCCACGGAAAUAACUUCCCCGUUCUCGGCAGCAACGGCAGCAGGGGGUUCGCCGGCGUGGAGGAUGAGCACCAGCAGGAUGCCAGCCUGCUGUUCCCGGGCGGAAAGAAGGCCACCUCGCUGCAGCGUUUCUCCUCGGAGGACUCUCUAGAGGACAGCUACAGCAGCAGCGGAGGGUCCAGCGGAACCGAAUCCCCGACGUUCGACGGCUCGGCCACCAAGAGGCUCACUGUGUUUGCACGCCUGUCGCUGUCCGACUAGACGAGUCCAAACGGAGCAGAACAAAAAUGGAAAUGAGACCCACCCGGACAAUCUCGCCCCUGCCCCCGUUUAGAUUGGGGACAAAGCGGGGGGCACGUCAGCUUCAAGAACACAACAAUAACUGGACACAGUUCUUAAUUUAUGUGUCAAACGUUUUAACUCACUUUGGAUAAACUGCAGAUAAUGACAUUGCUUGGUACCCAAAUAUUAUAGGAAUCUAUUUUUAUACUUCAAUAUGUAGCAAGCGUGACCUUUUUUGUAUUUGAUCUUCCGUCAAAAGUAACUCCUCGACACGCCUUGACGGGCCAGCAAGAGCUACCAGCGGCGAAUAGGCCGUAAUCCUGGUUCAUGGUUAUAGCAAAUGUAGUGAUCAAAACGAGUCGUCGGUGUUGAUAAUCAAUGACUCCUAUGCCUUAAUGAUUCCCCCUGCCUACGAGACAGGCUGUUUAUUCCUUCCACCGUGAACAGUAUAUUUGAUUCUGUAGCCUUAAUCGGAGUGACAAUAACCUUUUUAAUCUGUGAUAUGCACUUUACAGUCAAUAUUAAUGGGAGACGCUGCAAGGCCUGUCUCCCAGUAGCAAUCAGCCAAAGCUUCAUAAUUCAUAAGGCUCUGUAUGUAUGUAUGUGUGUGUGUGUGUGUGUGUGUGUGUACGCGCGCCACAGUGCAUGGACUCCUUGACUUGAUUGUGCUCGUUCACUUAUUUGUAUGAUGCCACAGUGUGUGUGUGUGUGUGUGUGUGUUGGGGGGGGGCACUGUCAUCCUCUAAAUCUCGGGGUGCAUUCAAGCAUAAAAUGUGAUGAUGGGUGUUUGGUAAUUAGCGUGUGUGUGUGGGUGCACUCUCGAAGAGGUAUAAAGAUGGCGCAAAAAAACCAAUUUACAACGGGAUAAGAAGAUAACCAUUCUCAUGUAGUCCAGCUGUCUGUGAACCAUCUGAUUUUUGUAAUUAAUUCUCAGCAUUUUAUUGGUUAAUGAAUGUACCCCCUGUUUUUUUAAUGUUUGUUGUUGUUUUGUUUUGUUUUUUUCUCCAUUGUUUUGCCUGACAACCCUGGUUGGUUCCUCCGCUGAGAGGUUGGCGAGGCUUUUUUGGGGGGCCAGGGACUUUUUAACACCGCAGUAUUCCUUUUAGUAUUUGGUCAAGGCUUAUUUUCAUUGUUUAACUUAAACUAAUGUAUUUAUUAUAAUAUUUAUUUGUGUAAAGAGAAAUGUAUUUUGUAUCUUAUUUAUGGAGAAUUAUUUCAGAAUAUGUGGAAAAAAAAACCAAACAAUGAAAGAUAAAUCAGAAACAUGGGAAAAAAAAAAAGAGAAUCUUAUAUUUUUAAUUGCCUGAAAGGGACAAAAUAAACUACCCCUGAAAGAAA